UCCACAGCAUGUGUCAACCUGAAGGGCAGGACUUGCUACAAUUCAAAACGCUGCUCAUCCACGGGGCCUAUCCCCAGUCGGCUCCAAUCCGCGUCUCUCUUUCGAUUGCUCAGUGUGAACGAGCGAUACUUAUAUCUCCCUUGCGUCAAUCCCUGCUCCGAGACCUUGGGAACUGUGACGAUGAUUGGCUCCGUUCAUCCUCCGGCUCUGGUGUGGUAUCAAAGAUAAGUUCCAGGGUACGAAUUUUCUAUCCGCCCACCCCAAAGCAUGUGGUUGCACUUCUCUCCUUACUCCGUUGUCUCGAUAGUGAUAAUGCCACGGACGUUAUAGAACCCAAGGCUACGGUUGACCCUCCUCCCUGUCUUUUUAUAUUGCACGAACCCUCUGCAUAUUUCCUGAACGACCAGAUUCGGUGCCCUUCGACCCUCUCAUCGUAUCUGCUACUCAUUACUCAUGCACGCGCGAUCACAGAAUAUUUUUCAUCGCGGAGAUCCAACCCUGCUAAAUCUACGUCACUCGUUGUGUUCGACUCUGGGCUUGAUCAACUCAAGCUCCCCUUGUUCCAAGUACCAUCCGACCCUGGGUUUGACGUACAAGAAGAACGCGACAAUAACCCUCGUCCAGAACCAGUCUUGCCACCUGCCAAGAGAUGUUUUGAUAUAGUUGGUACUUUCCAAGGUUAGUGAGUAUCGCACGAUUUGUAUCCUGACCUAAACAGUGUCUUUUUUUUUUUUCCCGACAAUCAUCCUUCUAAUGACAAAGAGCUCCGUUGGAUGUUGCCGGGGAUUUCGAGCAGCCAGGGAAGCUAGGUGUGCCCGGUGAAGUAAUAAUAUUACGCUCCUGUUUUGUUUGUACAUACUUGUGUUUGGCUCGCAAGCUUUGCUUUGUCGACG